GCAAAAAAGCAAUAAUUCUCCAUUUUUCAGAGAUCGAUUUUUUCGACCUAAAAGUACUUAAAAAGAAAUGAUAUAAUGCCCCGGAUUGACCCAGCCCAGCUUCUCAAGACGCUCAGCGUCCUACUUGGUACUAAUGGAGGAAUCAAGUCAGAAGACGAGGUUAGCAGAUUAGUUCAGUUAAUGGAGAAGUUCUCGAAGAAGUUGGUCUCCAAGGUCGUCUACAUCAAGAUCUUGAAAAGCACCCAGCCACAUAUCCUUGACAAGUUCUUGUCUGAGAGAGGAUGGGAUCUUCUCAACUUUUGGUUUUCUGACGGAAUUCGCAGUAACAAUUGGCCUCUUUGUAAAGAGCUAAUUGAAUUAUUUGAGAUUUGUCCCAUGACAGCAACAAGGUUACGAGAGAAUUCAGAAAAGAAUAUUGCUCCAAAACUGGUUCGACAGUUGACAUGUGACUCUCGAGUUGAUAACAUUGUGAGAGAUCUCUCCACUAAGGUAUUGGGUAAGUGGAUGACUGUUAUACAAACCCCUGACCCUCCUGUAGCGGUGCCGAGCGCCCCUUUACGAACUAGGGCAAGAGGACAGAGGGGGCAGGCCCCUUCCCCCGUAGAUCCAACAGUUCCACGUGUUCCUGUUACAGUUUUCACUGAAACUGAAGAGAUUAUGAACCUACCCAACAUGAAUUGCAUCCAGUGUCCCCAGGUUGAGACUCAUUUCUGGGUGGGAAAAGGCGGUAAAACUUUAAGAUUACAAUCCCGAGUGUUUAAAGGAUCCAAACCUAAAAUCCCAAAGCUGAAGAUAACGUCCACAGGUCAGGGUGUUCAUUCAUCGCUCGAGCAGAUGGAUGUAGAGGAUGAUGAAGAUGAUGAAGAUGAUGAUGAUGAUGAUAUUGCUGAGAUCAUGAAGCGUGCUGAUAACGCCCUAAACAGAAAGUACGGACGUCCUGUUCCUUCUGAGAUUAAGAAAAUAGAAGAUAAGAAAGGUCCAAACAGUCCACUGAAGAAUGAGGUAUCUGAGAUGAGCACUGGUGGAAUGAAUGGUAUCGUGAAGGAUGAGUUGAUGGAUGUUGAAGAUCUUCUCAAUGGUGAUGAUGACGAAGAAGAAGCAAAGCCUCUGAAGAUCUUGCAAGGAAUAGCAGAUGAAUUGGCAGACAACCUAGAGAAAGAAAAAGAGGAGGAAAAAACUAAAAUUAAGGAACAGACAAAGCAGAAAGAUAAAGAAAAUAAGAAAGAUAAAAAUAGAGACAAAGACAGGGAAAAGGACAAGGAUAGAGAAAGAAGCAAAUACGGGAGUAAAGAAGAAGAAAGAAGACGACGAGAAAGAGAAGAGCGUAGACGGAAAGAAAAGGAAAGGGAAAGACAAAAAGAGAAAGAACGCAAAGAAAAAAAGAGAGAAUCAAAACCUUUUAAAGAAACAGAGAUGAGAAAUGGUUUAGAUUCUAAGGAAAGAGAAAAAAUUAAAUUGGUAGCUCAGAGGUUAAAGGAUGAGUCUCUUUCCAAAAAGAAUGACGUGGGCUUAAAGUCCAGUUCAUUGUCAAGCAUGGGUAAGAUCCCAAAGCUACCAAAAAAAGAAGAGGAGAAGAAGGAGUCCGCCAAAUCUGGACUUUCCUUCGAGGCAUUAAUGGGCGCGAUGGAUUCUAGUAAAUCAAAAUCUAUAAAAGCUCCUCCUACUAAGAAUAAGAACAAGGAUCUUCUAGCAUCGUUUAGCACUUCAACUUCAAGCAAAACCAGACCUGAAUUUAAACCUGUCAAGGAGGUUUCUAAAGAUAUACAAAGACCAAUGAGGACUGAGGAUAAAAGUUCUAAAAUUGUUCCCGCCUCUGACUUCCUAAAACCUGAAGAGAAAAAGGCCGAGAAGCGUCCAGUUGAAUCUGAUGUUCCAAAAAUCAAAAUCAAAUCUCCCUCUCAGUUGAAAGAAAGUCCAAUUUUUGGUGAUUUCCUGAGCACGAUUAUGAAAGAUGAUCAGCCGAAGAAAAAGAAAAUUAAGAUUGCUGAACUGAAAGCAAAAACCCUUGAAGAAGAGGAAAGAGAGAAGGAGAAGGAAUUGAACCGAAUUGAAUCCAUGGAAACAGAACCGCCUGCUCCAGCACUUAGUUUUUACCGAGAUAUAUUGCUUGAUGAAACUCCAGCAGUAGGUCCAGAUACAGAUUCAAAUCUUGAAAUUAAUCCACCAGGAACUAGUCCAAAACCAGAAAAUUCAAGUCCUAAAAGAGACCUGGAUCUUCCAUUUGAGGAACCUCAGGAUGAUACUCCACGAGAAGUUCGCGGCAUUCUCGUCCUAGCGCGCGGGUCAGUGAGACAGCAGAGACGAAUAGUCUGGAGGUCAGAGACGGAACUAGUUCAGGUUGAAUACUUUGAACUCGACGAAACUGAGAGGGUCAACGUUAAUAAACUCAAGUUUGAAGAGAUGAGAAAGAAGGAGAACGAGUAUGAGAAGUCGUCUCUUAUCCAGAAAAAGAUUGUAGCAGAGGAGGAAUCUCGUCCUUGGCAGAAUCUUAUACCUUGUGAUUUUAACCCUCCUGAGGUGGAAUACGGGGGACAGAGUGUAGAGAAGAUUACUCAAGAGCAGAGAGAAAAUUCUACUCUUCAAGCACUCUCCUUCAGUAAUAAACUACCCAACGAUCCGACGGAACCUGAAAACUCUGCCAAUGUCAGGUUUGAAACUAAGAUGAUUCCUCUAGAUGAUGAGAGUGGAGAGGAAACCUAUGCGGACUACUCCGGGUUCCCUUGGCCCCAGCCCUUACCUGAUAUGCUCCCACGGAGAUCCCCUCAAACAUCGGCUUCGCCCCAAACCGACGCCAUUUUUGCAAAUAUUCAUCAGAAUUUGCAAUCUAUGAUGGGCGGGGUUUCAUUUGAAAAUGGAAAUCCACGAAUUGAAUCGGCCAUGUUGGCUGCCCAGAAAGCUGCUGAAGAUGAGUUAAGAAAACAAGGUUUGCUUCCUCCCAACCCUAAUAAUCAGUUCGGAUUCAACCCUAACGGUCAGCAACCCUAUGAGCCUGGAGAGGAACCCUACGAACCUGGAGAGGAACCCUAUGAGCCAGUGGACGGGGAUUAUGGAGGAGUUUUUCCUCCCGGUCCUAUGACCGGUGGGAAACCUCCGCCUUUCCCUCCGUAUCCAGGUCCUCCGAACAACUGGAAUCAUGGUCCCAAAAAUCCAGGAAACUUCAGAGGAAACAAUAACAAAGGGUUUGAGAGAGGUCGUGGUGGAUUUUAUAGGGGCAGGGAUAAUUUCUCAGACCGAGGUGGGCAUAGAGAUGAUCGAAGGAAGGAUUAUGGACGGGAAAGACGACCUUGUAAGUUCUGGACUGAGAAGGGAUUCUGUAGAGAUGGGGAUAGAUGUAAAUUCCCCCACCUGAGACGCUAGAUUGGUCUCAACCCUUCAUUCUGAUAAGAAACCGUCUGUCUUCUUCACUAUUGUGUAAACUGUAAAUAAACUUUUUUAUUUUGUUA